ACGGCAUGUGCUUAUGGCGCAGCACGGGUCACACCCACAAAGUGCACGGUCAUUCGUUUAUAGAUGAACGCGGUCUACCGAACUUCCUCCUCCGUCAGCUUCAGCGGAGUUUGCUUCGCCUUUAGGGGCCUUUGGUGCGUUCUCCUCUGCCUCUGCCUUCUACUCGACACGCGGGUUGUUUGCCAGCAGAGCGCACUUCUCUCACACCGGAAGAAGGAAAAGGUAAACCAGACCUCAGCCAUGGCGUCUAUCUCCAUUUCAAACACAGCUUUUGCCUUGGAGCUGCUCCGCACUUUGAGUCAAGCAAACCCCAAAGGAAACAUCUUUGUGUCUCCUCUCAGCAUCAGUUCAGCUUUAGCUAUGGUCUACUUGGGAGCAAAGGGAGACACUGCUUCUCAGAUGGCCCAGGCUCUGUCAUUCAGACAAGGUGACGCUGUCCAUGCAGACUUCCAGACACUCAAUAGUCAAAUCAAUGCACCAGCUGCCUCCUACAUCCUGAAACUCGCCAAUCGUCUAUAUGGAGAAAACACAUGUAACUUUCUAUCAGCAUUCCUAGAGUCCACAAGGAAGCACUACCAGGCUGAUCUGAAGUCAGUGGAUUUUAUUGGUGCUCCAGAAGAAUGCAGAGCCGAGAUCAACACCUGGGUCGAGGAACAAACUGAAAACAAGAUUAAAGACCUUCUGAAACCAGGGACUGUCAACACCAUGACCAGACUGGCUCUAGUUAAUGCUAUUUACUUCAAAGGAAAUUGGAUGAAUAAAUUUGAUGCAGCCAACACCAAAGAAAUGCCUUUCCACAUCAGUGGUAAUGAGACCAAACCAGUUCAGAUGAUGUACCAGAUGAAGAAAAUGCCAUUCAAUUACAUUCCAGACCUGGGCAUGCAGAUUGUUGGGCUGCCCUAUGUGGAUGAAGAUCUGAGCAUGUACAUCUUAUUGCCAGAGGAGACCAGUGCUGGUGCAAAAGGCGUUCACAAGAUUGAGAGCAAAUUAACUCAGGAAAAUCUUGAUGAGUGGACCAAUCCUGCUACCAUGGAGUUCAUAGAUGUACAUGUCCACAUCCCAAAAUUCAAAAUGGAGGAAGACUAUGAGCUGAAUGAGCCACUUGGCAAAAUGGGCAUGACAGAUGUUUUCUGCUCUGCCAAGGCUGACCUGUCUGGUAUGAAUGGUGAAGGUGGACUCUUUCUGUCUACAGUGGCUCAUAAGGCAUUUGUGGAGGUGAAUGAGGAAGGCACAGAGGCGGCAGCAGCUACAGCCGGGAUCGCAACUUUCUGUAUGUUCAGGGAGGAGCAUGUCACAGCGGACCACCCAUUCCUCUUCCUCAUCAAACACAAGGCCACCAACUCUAUUGUGUUCCUGGGAAGGUUCAUGACUCCUCAGUAGAUGUCACUAGAUAUCACAUGUUAAAACCAUAGACUGUAUAUAUAAAAGGACAUAGCUAACCUGCUAGCUGCUGCGUUAAAAAUAGGAAGGGAACAUGGGGGCGCAUCUGGCUUCAUAGGCUCCAACUGACUUAUUGAAAAAUAGUCACCCACUCAGAUACAGCAAGCCUUGUCAUUUUGGUCCUAAAAUGUUCACCUUAAGCCACUCAACAUUUUUUUAUUUUUUUGCUAUAUUUGUCAUAAAUAAAUUCCUAUUCCUAUGGAACGCAACUUCAAAUUUGCCCCUAUAACUGCUGGUCUUGUGAGCUUCAUUUGACUGGAGCCGAACACUAUAUCCGGUGUUCUUUACACAGUCUAUGGUUAAAACUAACCUUUCAAAUGCAAAUGAAUACAAAUAAAUUAUGCACUUACUUAAAA